ACAACACGGCAACACUACAAACAAAUUUCAAUUUUUGUAUCGCGCUGUCGGUGAAGUGAUGAAUAGCAACGACGCUUUCACGUUAAACUUAUUAUUUGUUUGAAAUUGUGUACUUUUCAGUGUAAACAAGUUCAGUGUGUUUAGAAAGUGUUUUAAACUUCGAAGAAGCGCAAAUAUCGUAAGCCAUGAGUCAAAAAGUGACGCGGAAAGGGCCGAUAGCAGAAGACAAGGAAAAGAGGCAUGCAGAUAGUCCAGUUAAGGAUAUGAAAAAGAAAGUGGCUGCAAAUGCUGAAAAAGAGAAACAGAUCGCGGAGAAGGAGAAAACCGCUGACAAAGCCUCUGCAAAUGACAAACAGACAGAAAAAGCUACAGCGAAGACAGAAAAAAACGUGAAGAAAGAUGAGGCAAAAGAAAAAGUCGAUAAGAAAGAUAAGCCCGCAGAGAAAAUCGCAGAAAAGGCCCCAGAGAAAAGAGCAGACAAUGUAGAAAAGAAAGAGAAAAGUGUCGAAAAAGUAGCAGAUAAAAAAGAUAAGCCUACAGAAAAGAAAGAAGCAGUAGUUGCUCCAACAGAGAAACCUAAGGAGGAGAGCAAAGAAAACGGCAAGGCCGAAGCAUCGGACAAGGGCAAGAAGGAGCCGCCGGCGAAGGCGGCGAAACAGAACGGCGCGCGGCUGAACGGCGACGCGGCGGAGGGCACGGUGAGUUCGGACGACGACGACGACGGCCUCUUCCCUGAGCUCGCGUACGAGGACUCCGACAUGGAGUGCUUCGAGCCGCCCACGCCCGACGGGCCCAGCCGCAGCUACACGAGGCGCUCGCAGGUGAAAGCAAGUCGCACGCCCGAGACGCCGCGCCCCGCGUCCGACAAGCAGGCGGACAAGGACUAUGUGCCUGAUGAUCCGAAAGAGUCGAAACUCCUCAAGCUGAAAGACGACGCGCCGUCCGACCGCAAACUGCGCUCGUCCGAUUCGCCCAAGCCGCAGGAGAGGAAGGAGAAGGGAGACGCGGGGAAGGCGCGAGAGACAGAGACGGGAGACGCAAACGACACCAGGCCCGAUGAGAAACUGGACAUGGAGGUUACGGUCGAGGUGGAGACUGAAGACGCGGAGGCGCGCAAGGCGGGCACCAACUACUCGCGCUCGCGCGUGCGCGUGUCGCCCUACCGCCGCGCGCGCCCGCCCGCCGACACCACGCAGUCCUCCACCCUCGCCAACUACCCAGGCAACAACACGACAAUGGAGAUGGACGUGACGGAGACGUCCAUAGUGUCGGAGGAGCUGCCGGCGGCCGAGAGCCCGUACCUGAGCGGGCUGCGCAGCAUCCGCGGCCGCCGCUCCUACAAGCGGCUCGGCGACGUGCGCGCCGCCAGCCCGCUGCGCCCCAACACCAGCGGUAUGAGCUCUAUAGAGCAGUCGUCCCGCCCCACCGGCACGGUGGUGGGCCGCAAGCGCAAGCCGGAGCCGCCGGGCCCCGGCGCGGGCCCCGCGGAGGGGGCGGGCCCCGGGAGCCACGGGGGCCCCGGCGAGGGCACGAAGCGCGCGCGCCUGCUGGAGCGGCUGGGCGGGCUGGCCCGGCCGUUCCGCUUCAGCGCGGAGCGCGUGUGCGUGGAGAGCACCGCUGAGAUAGUGGGCAUUAACACCGACCUGCCCCUAACCGCCCCCGUCGCAACGGCUGACCCGGAAGCGAUGAAACACGUGACGUCGACGCCGAUACAGUCGCGCGUCACGCAGCAGCCGCGGGACAAGCGCUGUUCUAUUAUGUAACGACAACUUAACAAAAGGUAAGCGGAGAUAUUUUGCCUUAUAUUGAUAGUGUCACAAUGUGUCGAGUACGUGAAUUGUUGUAAAGGAUGAGGAAAUAUAGUGUUUAACGGAUUUAAAUCGAGUUUUGUGCAACAAAACUGUAUUUUUUAUAAUGUGCAAGAUCAUAAAAAAAUAAUUAAUUAUGAUUAAAACCUCUCGUAUCGCCAGUUUUCUGUCUCUUCAGAACGUCAAAUGACUUGCAAAUCAAAGAGACAAAAAACUGAUUUCAAAUAUAUGUUAAAACCGUCUGAUACAAUAGAAUAUAAUUCGAUACAAUAUCCUUACCUAGAGCUAGAUAGAGAGAAGGAUAUCUUAUAGUCUAUCUCGCUCCAACUAAAUGAAUAACUCCGUGAUAGAAUGAGACAACAUAUACAGUAACUUGUCAUAUAAAUUUGUUAUAAUUUAUUAUACUUAAUGCAAAUUAAGGAGUUUUAAACAAAAUUGAUUUAAUUUCAGUGUAAAAUAAAAGAAAAAAAGCAUGUUUUAUAGCCUAGAUAAGGUAUUUUUAAAGAACAGUAGACAAUUGCAUCAUAAAUUUCGAUUUAAAUCCGUCAUGUUUGAAUCGUGUAAAAUAUUUUGAUCAUAUUAUGAAAUUUCAAUCAAAAAUGUAUUUACAAUUUUUGCCCCCAUUUUCAAAAGGGGAGUUACUUCUAAAUGAUAUUUAUCUUGAAUUUUUUGUAUUUUUCUAUUAAGCAGUUAAAUGCAUUUAGAAAUUUAACUACACAAAAGAUAAUUUAACAUAACACCAUAUUUUUAAAAGGAUCAUAAUUUUUUUUUAUCUUUAAGUUACCACAAACUGUGUAUCUCGUGAAAGAGUAAGCGAGAUGACAAUACUGUGCGAGUGAGAUAGCGAUAGCGCCAUGUUUCUUAAAUUUAAACAACAUAUUAUGCAUUCAACUGCUUGAUAUUGCAAACAGUGCUUUAUCUCUUGUGAAUAAGGUCUAUAAUGUGUAAUUGUGUUAUCUGGUUAAUAAAAUAUCAAAGAACAAUGAUUAUUAUCGGAUCGGAUUGUUAUACUGAUAAAAAAAUACUUGUUCGAUGCGACAAAAUGUUCGUUUGUUUUUUAAACAAAUACGAUGAAUUGUCGUUAAAUCUAAAUGUUGCGACUAAAUGUCGUUUUAAUUGUAGAAAGAUGCGGCUAAAUUUCAAAUAUAUACAAUAAAUCAUAUAUCGUUGAGUGUAAACGCUGCGAAUUGUUAUCUGUACCAAAAAAAUAUGACAAAUUGUAGCGUUAUUUCUUAUAGCAUCCGACAAAAAGUCGCCCCAUUGCAAACGUACAACGGUACGGUGUUUUAAACGUGGACUUGUUAUAAGUUUUAUCAAUGGACUUGUUAAUAAAAUAAUAUAAUGGGAAUUUAUAUAAUCAUAAGUGAUAUUAAGAGAUUUAAAUAAUUUUUUUUUUUUGUGUUAAUUUCGGCUGAGUAAUCAGUAGGCAGUUUGUCCCGCGGUUUUGAACGCUAUUAUGAAAAUUGAAUUAUCACAUUAUUGUAUUUAUAUUUGGAAAAUAAUAAUUGGGCCAUUUUUUUUUAUAAAAUUAAGUGUUUUAAUGUACCUUGUAGUAGAAAGAGAAUUCCAAAAAUAGGGAACAACAAAGGUUCUUGGAACACUGCAUGUACAUAUAAAUAUUUUUUUUAGUACAAAAAAAUAUAUGUAUAUCAAAAAUACAAAAUAUUGAGUCUGUUUAAUAUCUCUUAAUAUAUUAUUGUACUUUGUAUUAUAAACUCCUAUUAUAUUUACAUCAAUAGGCUAAGGUAGGUUAACAUUUGAGCACUAAAAUAAAGUGUUGCCUCAACUCAAAAUUUGUAGUGCGAAGCAUAAAAAAAACAAAGAAAAUACUAGAAGGGUUUUUUUCAAAUAGGGCAACACUCUACUUUAGUCAAUUGAGAAUUUGGUAAAUAGAGAAUCCAAAGUUUUGAUAGCAAUCAUGUACAAAAUAUAUGUGCAUUUUAUAUAAAUAAAAUAUAAGAGAGUCGUCGACGGUUUUUAUUUUAAAUGUUACUUUACUAACAUAGUUUUUUUUGCACGAAUGAAUCCUAGAACCUAAGGUUAGCAAAAUUAAGAGCUAUGUGCAAAUUUUUAAGGUCUUAGUUUGAUUAAGAUGUUGGUUUACUUGGCACUUUUUGUCGAGACUAAGUAAAAAUCAUUAAAAUAAUUCAUGACAAUAGAACCACCGUGAAAACCACGUCCAUCCACCGAAUUGGUAUUGCCAUAUAGAAGUUUAUGCCAUUGUGUUUUUCUUUUUUAAUUCUGGUAAUAUUUUUCUUUAUCUGUGCUCGAUUAGUUUGAGCGCUACCUAGUUUAGGUUCUAAAAUAGGUCUAAAAUAGAUUAUACAUUAUCUCAAUGACGCGAAACGAAACGGAGUGUUGUUUUCAAUUGUCAUGUUCUCAAAUUACACUUAAAUUUGAGUAUAACUCAAGCAGGAUUUAUACACCAUAGGCGAUAAGUUCAACAACUUAAAGUUGAAUGUCGAUUAAAAUUGAGCUAAUAGAAUAUAAUGGUGAAAAGAGGAGUUAAUACGGUAUGUCUAUUUUGUAUUUAAUUAUUAUAUUUUGGACAACUUUUGAACACUUCUAGUUUUUUUUUUUUAUCUUAUAUCACCCCGUUUCGCUUUGUGAAUACCGCCUUCUAUAAGAUGUGUUCAAGGCAUAUUACUGUACAUUUAGUUUUGCAAUAAUGACUCGCAGAAUCGGAAGACAAUCAAGCGUGUUGCUGAUAGCUUAAGUUUUGCAUUCUGAGCUCGAAUUCUUUAACGACACGUCAUAUGCGGGUCACUAAUUCGUGCAAACAUUCGUAUGUUCGUACAAAUGUUUGCGCUCCUACAGAGGUAUGCAUAUGCAGAUGUCAUGCGAAUAUGAUCAGCAUUAAUCGUGUAAGAAUACGCAGGAUAAUUUUAAGUGAAAUGGACGCGAAUUUUUUGUGACAUUUUAGUACAGAACGAGUGUUGAAAGAACAGUUUUAUAAUCUGUAUUACUUAAUGUGUCCACAUAUAUAUAGCAAAGAAAGUAUUUCAAGUGAAAUUAUUAUAAAUUGUUUACAGUUAACACGCUAUAAUUGUCUACACUAAGAUUUAUUAUAAUUUGAAAUUCGAUUAUUUUGUGAAGGAUAUGAAAGAAUAAUGGUUUUUGCUUGAGUGAUACCCAGAGGUAAUCUUUUUGUAAAAAAAUCAUGGCAACACAUUGGUUUAUAGCAGUUUGAAGGAAAUACAAACGGAACACUAUUUCGCAUUUAUUUGUAUAAAAAUCGAUUGAGUUUUGCAAAACGAGUAGCGACUGUAAACAAAACUAAGAAGUAUUCUGUAAGUCUGUACUAAAUGUCGCAUUUACUCAAAAUUGGUACAGAAAGUAUUUUUGUUCGUCCAUUUCGGAUAUAAUACGUUAACGUAUAGAGUAAGUAGGCUAGUAUAGAUUUGAAUGGAAAUUAUAAUUUUUGUUAAUAAAUUUUUAAAUCGG